AUGGCUGCGAAUAUGUACAGAGUCGGCGACUGCGUCUAUUUCGAGACGUCGUCGACGUCUCCGUACCAAAUCCGGCGGAUAGAAGAACUAAAUAAAACAGCCUCCGGCAACGUGGAGGCUAAGGUCAUGUGCUUCUACAGGCGGCGGGACCUGCCCAACCCCCUUAUACAGUUAGCUGAUAAGCAUCAAAGUAAGUAUAUAUUUGAUUACGUUGUAUUAUCAAACCCUGAAAUGGGAGGGAGAGGCAGACAGACCUCAGGCCAACUCAGCAACGAAUACGAUUUACACGGUUAUCUUGUAUACGUGGGUAGUACUUUAUAA